AUGAUUCAUUACAAGCAGGAAGGGCAAUCCCCGUGGAUUGACAAUCUGACGCGCGACUGGGUGUCAUCGGGUCAUCUCAGAGAACUGGUCCGACGUGGCGUGAGAGGCAUCACCAGCAACCCUACUAUUUUCGAGAAGGCGAUCAGUGGGACUGAUGUGUACGACCAGCAGCUGCGGAACAUUCUGUUCCGCGAGGGGGUGCUGUUAGGGGGAGGGAUGGCGGAGAGCCAUGGGGAGGUGGAGAGGGGGGUGGUGGAGGGUGCGUAUUGGGAGAUGGUGAAACAAGAUAUCGGCACUGCUGCUGCUUCGUUAGAAGAGCUGUUCCAUGCUUCUAAUGGUGGCGAUGGGUUCGUCUCUCUUGAAGUCUCGCCGAGGCUAGCCUACGACACGUCAGGUUCGGUGACGCUGGCUCGGGAGCUCCACGCCGACCUGGCUCGGCCGAACCUGAUGGUCAAGAUCCCUGCCACCGAGCCUGGCGUGGCUGCCAUCCGUGAAAUGAUUUCCCGCAUGAAGAACAUCAAUGCCACUCUCAUCUUCUCUCUGACGCGCUACAGUGAGGUCAUGGAGGCUUACGUGGCAGGCCUGGAGGACGCCGUGGCAGCUGCCAACGCGGCAUCUGAGCUGUCAGCAGCCGCGUCUGACUCAGCAGCAGGCGCCCUGCCACGUGUCAACCUCUCCUCAGUCUCCUCUGUGGCUUCGUUCUUCGUCUCUCGGGUGGACAGCGCUGUUGACAAGCGUCUCAAGGCAAUCGGGACGGAGGAGGCUCGCGCUCUUCUGGGCAAGGCAGCAGUUGCACAAGCCGUGGUGGCAUAUGACAUGUUCAAGACCAAGUUCAGCGGUCCCAGGUGGAAGGCUUUAGAGCAGCUGGGAGCGCGGGUGCAGCGACCAUUGUGGGCGUCAACAGGAGUGAAAGAUCCGUCGUAUCCGGACACGAAGUACAUCGACGCUCUGAUUGGUCCACACUCGGUCAACACCAUGCCUGACGCCACCCUGCUCGCCUUUGCGGACCAUGGGGAGGUGAAGCGCACUGUAGAUGCUGACGUGGAUGCUGCCUAUGGUGUGCUGGAUCGUCUCAAGGCUGUUGGAGUGGACAUGGAGGAAGUUGCCAAGGAGCUGGAGGCUGAUGGCGUUGACAAGUUUGCAAAAUCGUUUGAUGACCUGCUUGCUGCGCUUCAGCGCAAGGCCACCAUGAUACGUGGUGCAAGUAUCAACUAG